AGGGAAUACAAUAGAGUUGAAGCGUCCAAUCAGAAAUCGAAGCCGGCGAGACGGCUGAGGGGGCCCACACGCCAGUGACACAGCCGAGGUUGCGGGACGGCUGCGAUGGCCGCGUCCUCUUCCUCCUCCGGCGGCGACGGCGCGGACCCGAUGGCGCUCGUGCAGGGGUACAACGCCGAGGAGCUCGCCAUCGCCGGGGAGUUCCUGACCACGUGGCUCCCCUUCGUUUCCGCCGGCCUCUGCCCCUCCUGCGUCUCGUCCCUCCGCACCCGCGUCGACUCCCUGCUCCCGCGAGCCGAUCAGAUUGAGCCGUCUGGGUGGGAGUCGGAUCCAGCGCCCCCGCAGCAUCUGCCGUUCGAACCGAGCGGCUGGGACUCGGAUCCGCCCCCGCCCCCGCCCCCGCCCCCGCCGCCGCAGCAGCAGCCGUCGGCGGAGAAGCCGAGGAUGUCGUGGGCGGACAUGGCGCAGGAGGACGAGCUCGCCGCGGCGGCGGAGGAGGACGCGGCGGCCGCGGCAGCUGAUGACGGGGAGGAGGCGAGCGAGCUGGGGAGGCCCAAGGUGCAGUUGUCGAGGGAGCAGCGAGAGCAGAGGCGGUUCCGGAACGUGGUGCGGAAGAAAGAUUUCAUAUGCCUCGAGAGAGUCAAUGGCCGGCUUGUAAACAUCCUAGCAGGCCUCGAGCUUCAUGCCGGCGUGUUCAGCUCUGCUGAGCAGCGGCGCAUCGUCGAAUGCGUGUACGACCUCCAGGAGAGAGGCAGGCUUGGGGAGCUUGGAGAUUGUACAUAUACAGAACCCCAAAAAUGGAUGCGUGGUAAAGGCCGGGUAACAAUCCAAUUUGGAUGCUGUUAUAAUUAUGCUACGGAUAACAAUGGAAAUCCACCAGGCAUUAUGCGAACUGUUGUUUCUGAUCCGAUGCCUGAUCUCCUUAAGACUAUGGUUAAGAGAUUGGUACGGUGGAAUGUUCUGCCUACGACUUGUGUACCGGACAGCUGCAUUAUAAAUAUAUAUGAACCUGGAGAUUGCAUCCCGCCACAUAUAGAUAGUCAUGAUUUUGUUCGUCCAUUUUGUACUGUUUCUUUCCUCAGUGAAUGCAACAUUCUUUUUGGAUCUAUACUGAAAAUAGCCGGCCCUGGAGAAUUCACCAGUUCAAUUGCGAUCCCCCUUCCUGUUGGGUCUGUGCUUGUCCUGAAUGGCAAUGGUGCUGAUGUAGCAAAGCAUUGUAUUCCAGCAGUCCCGACCAAAAGGAUAUCCAUUACCUUCAGAAGAAUGAACCCAGCAAAGCGUCCAUUCAGUUUUAAAGAUGAUCCAGAACUGCUUAACAUUACACCUCUAGAGACGGGCAGAUCUUCAGAUGAAGGCAAGAGCAAGCUACCUGAUGUGCAGAUUAGAAAUCUGAGCAAAAUAUCCAGAGGCAAGAGAUCUAGAGGAAGAACGUCUGCUGGAAAGGCUGGACGCAACAUUCCUGAAGACCAACCUCCUGGCCAUGUGCAAGCCCCUGCAGUAGAUGUGUGGUCACAACAAAGCUUGCAUGACCAGCGCACUGUCUCUGCUGCUAGUUCUGAGAGAGAAAGGAACUCUGUUGGGAGGUCAAGAGAACCAAGAUACCAAUCAAAUGCGCCUGCCAUGCAAUCUCAGGUGGACGAUAUCAGAGAGUGGCCAGGUCGGUUGGCACAAGAGAGGAGAAGGCAUGGUAAUGGCAUGAGUUCCAGUGAAGGUAUCGUCGAAUCUGGGGAAAGGAGACCGCGAAUGGAGCACAGGCAGAUAUCGAUGAUAAAUCGAACGAUAAACAGUGAUAUGGAUUCCCUUUCAAUCUCAAGCCGUCAAUCAGCCGAGCAGCCCCGUGCUAUUGUGCGAACCUUGUAUAACAAGCCAAGGAGGAGUAGAGUAAGCCUGGAUGGUUGAGCCACUCCCGUGCCUGUGAACCCUUUGUUGGUUGGAACUUGGAAGAGAGCUGAUAUCUGAAAGGAUACUUCGCCUGCCUGUAUAUUUCGUUAGGUGUUACCAGAGCACCAAAAGAUAGCCUAGACCUUGUCGUAGUGACAUGUAUUGAGUGAACUAGACGUAAAUUUUGUUGCAAGAUGAUCAGGCGCCUGCUCUGUAGAUAAGAGGCGCUUCCGGAUAUUGUAAUUGGUGAUUGUUGUCGACUCAAUAAUUUGAUCCAAUCCAUACGAAUCCUGUA